GUUUACCACAUAUUUAUUAUAUAAAUGGCUCUCGAAUUGAAUUUAAUCCAUAACUUCCAAGGUUCCCAGCUCGCACACGUGAUCGCGACGCGUCGAGGCUAAAUUGAUUUUCCGCAACCGCGUCAGAAGGAACAAGACCAGACGAGCGAGAGUAAUGGUAUAAACCACAGUGCUUGAAGUAUUAUUCCACAUUUCAGAUUUCACCAUGGAUAAGCCAGAAUCGUCAUCAGCCCAGGCGAAGAGAGGCCUGCAGGAAAACCUCGCUGGAGCCCCAGCAGACUAUGAAUUGCCAUGGGUUGAGAAAUACCGGCCUGUGUUCCUAGAUGACGUCGUCGGAAACACAGAGACCAUCGAGCGGCUAAAAAUCAUCGCCCGCGAUGGCAACAUGCCGCAUGUUAUCAUCUCGGGCAUGCCAGGCAUCGGGAAGACGACUUCGAUCCUCUGUCUGGCGCGACAGAUGCUGGGGGACGCUUACAAGGAGGCUGUUUUGGAACUUAAUGCUAGUGACGAGAGGGGCAUCGAUGUGGUUAGAAACCGAAUAAAAGGCUUCGCGCAGAAAAAAGUCACCCUCCCCCAAGGUCGACAUAAACUGGUCAUCCUCGAUGAGGCAGACAGCAUGACAUCCGGCGCCCAGCAAGCCCUCCGUCGAACGAUGGAGAUCUAUUCCACAACCACCCGCUUCGCCUUCGCCUGCAACCAAUCGAACAAAAUCAUCGAACCCCUCCAAUCCCGCUGCGCCAUCCUGCGCUAUGCCCGCCUCACAGACGCACAGGUCCUCAAGCGGCUUACGCAGAUCUGCGAGGCGGAGAACGUAAAGCAUUCCGAAGACGGGCUUGCAGCGUUGAUAUUCAGCGCGGAGGGCGACAUGAGACAGGCCAUCAACAAUCUACAGAGCACGUGGGCUGGGUUCGGGUUUGUGAGCGGCGAUAACGUCUUCCGGGUCGUCGAUAGUCCGCAUCCGGUUAAAGUGCAGGCGAUGAUUAAGGCGUGUUGGGAGGGGAGGAUCGAUGUGGCUUUGGAUACGUUGAACGAAUUAUGGGAUCUCGGCUACUCCUCGCACGACAUCAUCAGCACGAUGUUCCGCGUGACGAAGACGAUACCAACGUUAUCUGAACACGCCAAGCUAGAAUUCAUCAAGGAAAUCGGCUUUACGCACAUGCGGAUAUUGGAAGGGGUGCAGACGCUCGUGCAGCUCAGCGGCUGCGUAGCAAAGCUCUGUCGGAUCAACAUGAAGCCUGAGAGCUUCAUUCCUUCGUCGUCGAAGAAGUAAAGGGCCCCGUUGAAGUAACGGCCUGACCUGGCCUACCUACAAAAAUUACCAAUAUAUUGCUCCACUUGCCGAUGUGUCUUCCCUCCAUCUAGUCUAGCUUACGCGCAGAGAAGAAUCGAAAGAAGUUGGGGGGGUUUGGGGAUCGGGGAUAUCGGGCGGUAGGUAGGGGAUCAUUCAUAUUCCCCCAAAACUCCAAAAUGACGACCACGGGGAUGAAAUUAAAUUAAUUAGAUUGAUGGAUGGAUUGGGUUACCUGUUGGUAAUGACAUCGCUACUACUCCCCUGUCUUCAGGCGCUGAAAUCUAGAUCGGUCGGGUCCGUGGAACUUGUUGCCAGCCAACAACAACUGCAGCCGAGGGGGAAGAGAAAUAAUAAUGACAUUAAUGACAGAUUUACUUUAUUUCUACAUAUCCGUUUCGGGUAAGAUACACCAGAAGUUCAGUGACGGGUUAGUUGAUGAAAUAAUAUACUUAUUAUUAUAUUAUAUUAUGUCCUCACCUCACCAUGCCUCUCCUUUUUAGUCGAUGGUUAAAUAAUAGUGUGUGGGUAUGGAUGUAUAUGAUGUUGAGUAACAUAUUGUUGUUUGUUCCCUUUGGACACAGCAAUAUAUAGUUAAUAUUUAAUACGACUUCAUGGCCAGAGCGGGCUAGUCCAAACGGCUUGUCUCGACUCUCCAAGGGGUUCGAACAGGUUUGAUACGACUCAUACGAGGCGCGACAGACUUGACAGACUGACGAGACAGGAGCUCAGAAGGAAGAUGGGAGAAGACUCGUCUCAGCGGUCUGGUUUGGGGAAUUUAUCUACAGCUGUACGGAGUAUACGUAUUUAACUUGUUCAUGGGCAUGACAAAUAAACUGACCAUGUUGUCCUUUUCUUCUCAUUCUCAUUCUCUAUAGUCUAUAUCCAUCCCCGGAGGUUAAUGCAGAAUGACGCUCUAUCUCCA